AUGGCGAAAUCUCUCUUCCUGGUGGCUUCUCUCCUCGUUCUGCUCGCAGCGGCGGUUUCGGGAGCCCGAAGGGAAGCUCUGGCGGGCGGCUACGAAGCGAUAAAGAACGUAAACGAUCCCUACAUCCAAAGUCUGGGAAAGUUCGCAGUAGAAGAGCACAACAGGAAGGCCAAAGAUGAUCUAAAGUUUGAGAAAGUGAAGAGUGGACUUGUCCAGAUCGUGGACGGGACCAACUACAGCCUUCAGGUGCAGGCCAUUGACGGCACUGUGAGCCGCCUCUACAGCGCCGCCGUCUACAAGGACCUGAAAGGGAACCUCAAGCUCAACCAAUUCUUCGCCAUGACCAACUAG